AUGUCUUCUUUAGAGAGUGGGGGGUGUUCAGGGGCCUUGGCCUGGGGUGGGGACGGUUUCGGCAGCUUGACGGGGGCCUUUGGCAUUCCCAGUUUAUUUGGCUCCUCCUUGAUGAUGGCGGGAGCUGCCGGCAGGUUCAGCGACUCGUCGAGCGAGUCGGGCGCAGACGGCAGCAGCGGAGGAGAAGCGACAGGCGAUGCGUGUUCCGACUUCUCGGGCGACCUGAUCUCGGACGGUGGUUCUGGAAGCGACACCGCGUCGUCGUCGUCGUCGUCCUGCGGCUGGUCCUGCGACCAGCUCCCCACCUCGCGCUCCUCCUCCGGGGUGACCGCUGCUUUGAAGUUGUCGACUGUUUUCUUCGAGGCCGUAUGGUUUGCUAUUUCGUUGAACGACCGGUUGAAGAUGGACGUGGCGAAUCCCCAGACCAGCUUAAAGCUCGAUUCCGGGUCGUUUAUGAGGUUGUACGACUUCUCGGACGUCUCUUUGAGAGCCAAUUUGUCCUUUUCGAUCUCGUCCAGCAGUCCCAGAGCGUACGUUUCGAUAUCCUUUGCCUUCAGGUGCAAUUGGUUGUUCAGAAUCAGCUCUGCCGCAUACAGCUUGCACAGAUACGCCACGGUGGGCUGGACGGCGGUUAAUUCGGUUGAGCGUUUAAUAAAUGGAGCAAUGAGUUUCAAAUCGGGAGGCAGCGACAUGAUAGAUAAAUUUAAUUAA